AUGUCCCUCCUUGGUACCCAAGUACUCCUACAUGGUUCAAAUAGCAGUACAGGUACAUAUCACAAGGCGGAUGCAAUAAGCACAGUGUCAGGACUGAAGGAGACAAGGGCGGUUCACGAGUGUGUAAGCCGGGGCGUCAACGAUAUAGCGAGAGGAGUAAAGCCUUCAAGAGCUGACGACUUCCCUGAUAGAUCCCGAUAUCCGAGUUUUUCGAGCUCCCCCGCCGUCUUUGACAGGGUCUGGAGUUUCCUUUUUAGGACAGGAAAGGGUCGCUUUGACGAUUUUUCCCUUUUAUGGACGGAGAAGGGUCGCUUUGACCAUUUUUUCCUUUUAGGGACGCUUCUUCUCAAUCCACCAGGUUCUGCACAACUCACCUGGCUUCUGGACAAUCCACCUGGCUUCUGGACCAUCCAACUGGCUCUCUCCACUGCCCCAGAGCAGAAUCAUCCUCUCUUCCUAAUCAUCUCGUAUCCGAUCCGAUGCCGAAGCGCCCCGUCCAUAAACUGCGCGCUUUGUACGCAUUUCGGAAAGCGCGCGCAAAAUCGGCGGCGGAUGGGCCAGGCGUACUUUACGCGUUUGUGGACCUCGGCGGAACGCUCUGGAAACUCGGCCACACGAACAACUUCCCUCGAAGGCGAGCCGAGUGGGACAAACAGUGUCCGUGUCCCGACCGUGUGUGGCUACCUCCUGUUCCGGUCCCGCGAAGGAGGCGGGCAGAAUCCUUAUCACAUCUCCUAUUGGAGAUUGUUUGCCAGGAUAGACCUAGAACUCUUUGUUCUCAAUAGCUGCAACAGCUUGAAGAUCGUGGUGUUCAUUACUAACUUAAUGCUAGGUCAAAACUGGCACGUCCCGAAUUCCCUGAACGUCGCGCGUCUCGAUAUCUCGACACCAGCGACGUUUCUACGUCCGAACAUCUCGAUAUCGACGACGUUUCGGUGUCUCGAUGUCUCGAUAUCGACGACGUCUCGACGUCUCGAUGUCCCGACAUCGGGUACGCAUAACCUCGGCGAGGUUAUUUUGAACAACCUCAUGUUUUUCGCGAGGUGAAUAUCUCGUGAAAAUUUUAUACAACCUAUAGGAGAAUAUUGUACGAUUAUUUUAAAUAUGUU